UUUCAUUUUACCUGGUGUGAAGCAUUGCAGACUUUCAACGCGUUUUCUUUUGAAUAAAUCGUAUCGGAUUUCCUAAACUUUUCGGCGAAUUUGUAGGCUACGACUAAUUAAUCCAGGCACGUUACGAGAUGGCAAAAAAUAACAGUUCCCAGAUGAAGGACAUCAUGAACCACGAUCAUAAGGAACACAACCAGGGGGUCAGUGGCAGCAAAUCUGAGCCUGGGAAAAAAGACCUAAUAGAUUUGAACACGGACACAGCCCAUGGUUCCAACCAGAAACCUUCCGAUAAAGUGACAGAGGAAGAGAGAGGGAAGGAGAGAGAAGAGGAAAGAAAGGAGAAAAGAGUGGAGAAAGGAACAUCAUGUUGCUCACUCUUCCAGCUGAAGAAAGUCUAUGGGGACCAUAUACCACAGAGUCCACUGGCGUUCAGUAGAACACACAAUGUUCUCAUUGACGUAAAUGCUUUCAAAGAAACAAAACGUAUUAAGUCUCAGGAAGGACGGCAUUUUUGGAACAACCACUUUGUGAAGCUGCCGUGUUGGCCAGAAAGCGUCAUGAGUGUAAAUAAGUUUCUAGGCGGUGCCACCCACACUAGACGGUGGGACGUCAUCUGUAAACAACUGGAGAACCUUUCCAAGAGCAGCAAAGUAUCGGUUGAUGAUGUGGAGAAAGCCAUAAAGAUGUACAAUCCAAAGUACAAGGAACAGUGGUCCUUUGAUGUUCUCCAGUCAUUUGUCAAGAGUGUUAACCCCAUGGAAAACUACUACCCAUCAUUGUUGCCAAAGAUUGCAAAGCUGGCCUCCAAACUGCCUCAUUACGUGAAGAAGGCUAUCCCUCUGCUCAAGAAAGGACAAACCUCCUCCCUCACGCUCUCACAGGGUCAGAUAGCCUGUCUUCUGGCCAAUGCUUUCUUCUGUACGUUCCCUCACCGUAACUCUUCCCAGGCCCAGGCCGAAUACGGCAACUACCCCACCAUUAACUUCAACAGUCUGUUUGGCAGUCGACCAGACAGGAAGAGAGAGAAGCUGCGAGCCAUCUUGCAUUACUUCAAAGUGGUCACCGAUGACAUCAAGAAACCCAAUGGACUGGUAACCUUCGAGAGACGAUGCCUCACACAGGAACCCAUGUGGAGAAGCUCUGAAAAGAGGUUGACACAACUCCAUGUCAGUUCAGAGGGCAGCAUAGAGGUUCAAGGCAAUGGAAUGCUACAGGUGGAUUUUGCCUGUAGCCUGAUUGGAGGUGGUGUGUUAGGCGCAGGCCUGGUGCAAGAAGAGAUUCUGUUCCUCAUGAACCCGGAGCUGAUCGUGACACGCCUGUUCGCCGAGAAGCUGUCCGACCAAGAAUGUCUGAUCAUCACAGGUUCACAACAGUUCAGUAGCUACAGGGGCUACAGUGACGACUUUGAGUGGACAGGCCCAUUUGAAGACCAAACCAAGAGGGACAGUUGGGGACGGCUACACAGGCAGAUCCUGGCCAUCGAUGCUCAACACUUCCGACACCAGACUCAACAGUACCACAUGAGUUCAGUUACUCGUGAGCUCAACAAGGCAUAUUGUGGGUUUCAGCGAGAUGCAAACACCCCUUCAAGAGAUGUGCCUGAUAUUGCUACCGGGAAAUGGGGUUGUGGAGCCUUUAACGGAGACCCCAAACUCAAAGCUCUUAUUCAGCUGAUGGCAGCUGCGGAAACUGAAAGGGGACUGGCCUUCUUCACCUUCAAGGACUCUGAGAUGGCGAGGGAACUGCAGGAUGUGUACCACCUACUGGUCACCCAAGGAACUACAGUUGGAAAGCUGUACGACACACUGCAGAACUACUGCGAAGUGUGUCGGCACAAGCCCUUGGAUGUGUUUCAGUUUGUCAAGAACACCUUAAGUGACAAGAAGAGUCUGCUGUGAGGCAGCCCACCUUGUCACACGCCCAUCCCGUCUAUAGAAGAACCUCAGAAUACUGCUUUUGUUCUGCCAUUGCAGACAGGAAAUCAAUCAAGAAACAACAUAGUGCUGUUGCAUAGAGCGAUGAAGUAAAUAAUACAAAUAGUAAUUAUGUUUUAGGGACAAAACUGAAAAGUCUACCUGCUUUGUAUAAAAAAUGUUUGAUACAUUUUGACCUAACUUAAAAGAUUUUUGUUGAAUACUGAAUUCUUUAUAUUAAACGCACGAGAUCAAUCGUAAGAUAAAUCGUAAGAUAACAGAUUUAACAGAACAGGUUCAUUGGUUUUUGAAAAUGACCUUCAAAACCCAGUGCCACAGGAACUCUCGUCUUUAUUCAUGAGCAAAGAGUAAAACGACAUACAAUGAUACAAAAAUAAA